AACCUACACAAUCGCCGCGCGGGACCUGCGCCGACAGCCCAGCGCAGCGGAAGCGUGGGAUGGCAGGAGACGCUCGGUCGGCGGCCAAUUGAGUGAAUUGAUCGACGCCCAGGCACACACUGCCUUUGCACUGGUCAAUCGGUUGGAUAUUGGCCACUUGUACAUACAGAAUAGUCAACAGUCGGGCGGGCUUGGGGCACGAUGGAUUGGCUCCUGAUCCUCGGCGUGCUCGCCGUCGUGCUCCCGUCGCUCUACGUCUACACCGCGUCGGUGGUCUCGGCGCGUUUCCCGAUGCUGCGCAACAAGCGCAUCUGUCUCCUCAUCGCGCACCCCGAUGACGAGGCCAUGUUCUUUGCGCCCACGGUCAUGGCACUCGCCAAGCCUGAGACUGGCAACCAUGUCAAGAUCCUCUGUCUGAGCAGUGGCAACGCAGACGGCCUCGGCGAGACGCGGAAGAAGGAGCUCGCCAAGUCGGGAGUGAUCCUCGGCCUGCGCAAGGCCGACGACGUCUUCGUCGUCGACAAGCCCGAGUUCCCGGACAGCAUGACGACGACCUGGGACCCGGCCGCCAUCUCGUCGCUUCUGUGCUCCGCCUUCGCGCCCGGCCUCGCCCGAUCACGCAGCACCGACACGGCCCCGACCGCGACCAUCGACGUGCUCAUCACCUUCGACGCCGGCGGCGUGUCCGGCCACCCCAACCACAUCUCGCUCUACCACGGCGCUCGGGCGUUUGUCUCUGCCCUGACGGCGGGCAAGUCCGGCUGGGCCGCGCCCGUCGACCUGUAUACUCUCCGGACUGUGCCCCUGGCGCGGAAAUACUCGGCAUUCCUGGACAUCGUGGCCACCCUCGUGAGCUGGGCGUUGGGCGCCGACAAGAAGGACAAGAAGCACCCGGGGGGGCUGGUGUUCCUCAGUGGCCUGGCGGGGCACGGUGGCAUUACCACGGCUUGGAAAGCCAUGGUAUCCGGGCACAAGAGCCAGAUGCUCUGGUUUCGGUAUGGCUGGAUCGCGCUGAGCAGGUACAUGUAUAUGAAUGAUCUGAGGUUGGAAAAGGUGAAGGGUCGAUGACAGAAGCUCCAAAAGUCCGGGUCGCUUUUUUUUCGCGGCCGUUUCGCUGGGAGCGCUGUCAGGAUAUCCAGCUGCUCCGUAUGCUGUCCGGCAUGUGCCCGACUGGUACCAUCAAAAGGCGCCAGAACCGACCGUGUUUGCGCCCCGGCCGGUCAAAGGGGCGUGGGGGCGGUGUAUUUACUGUACAAUUACAUGCCGCCCGCGCAUAUUGCAGAUAUUGUAUAUAUAUAACCACUCAGAUGCCUCAGAUGUCCGUUCGACACACCCCGCCCCACC